GAUCGAUCGAUCGAUGUGAGAUAACUUGUUCUUGAACCCACCGUCGAUGUUGCCCAACAGAUCAUACGAGACAGUAGCUGGGUACUUUGUCCAAGAUAAACCGGGUCCAAUCACCCCGGAAUCAGAGUUUCAUGAGGCUCUUCCUCCCCGCUUCGGUCUGAUCGAUGACGGUCCAGAGAGGUGGAGCAAGCUCAUCGCAUCUAUCCAGCAGCUCAAUGUCGGUGCGCCAAGCCACGUCCAAUAUAAACUUUUCUUCCUCGGAAGGCACGGAGAGGGAUAUCAUAAUUUCGGGUGGGCAAAACAUGGGCAACAGGCUUGGGAUGAUUAUUGGUCCAAGUUAAACGGCGACGGAGAGUUGAUAUGGGGGCCGGACCCCGAGCUCACACCGGUAGGUGAGGGCCAAGCAGACGAAGCACAUGUUGCAUGGAAGACGGAACUCCAAUGCGGUCUUCCCUUCCCAGAGAAGCUCUAUUGCAGCCCGCUCUCGCGCGCCAUACGAACGAAUCAGCGCUCUUUCAAGGAUCUUAAUCCUGACGGUCGGAGGACGACUAUCGUAGAGAAUAUCCGAGAGGAAUUUGGGAUUCAUACUUGCGAUAAGAGGCGGACGCGAACGUACAUCCGCGAGACAUUCCCAGAAUACCUCAUCGAGGAUGGUUUCACUGAGGAAGACGAGUUGUGGAAACCUAAUGUCAGAGAGUCCUGGGACGAUGUCGACGUUCGGGCCAAGGCGGUUCUGGAUAUGAUUUUUGAGAAUGACAAGGAACAAUAUAUCUCGGUUACUGCGCAUUCAGGCUUCAUCAACGCGUGCUUACGAGUCACAGACCAUCCGUUAUGGGCCCUUCCGACUGGAGGUAUGUAUCCGUGAGCCCUCUUUGUUUUCUUCAAAUAGUUGAUUCAUGUCUCAGGGGUGAUUCCAAUCGUCGUCAAAGCGACGGCAGAGCGCAUGCCUACUUAGUUCAACACAAUGGAGUUCAUUACCCAACGGAUACCAUAGACCGUGGAUUUGGGCAGGAGAAUUGCAAUUCAAAUCAUAGAUGUA